GUUCCAACUGAGUUGUACGCGUACGAAUAAGCUAAAGAGCUUGCAACUGGUGUCCUGUGUGUCUUGCUAUUUGCGCAUUCUCUGUUCUGCUUUAGCAUCAACAAUACAUCAACAAGCACAAGAUAUAAACAUGUCUUCCCGCAAAACUGCCGGACGUCGGGGUACGACGAAAAAGCGUGCACAGCGCGCAACGUCGAACGUUUUCGCUAUGUUCGACCAAGCGCAGAUUGCCGAGUUCAAGGAGGCAUUCAACAUGAUCGACCAAAACAGGGACGGAUUCAUUGAGAAAGACGACCUCCACGAUAUGCUGGCGUCGCUCGGCAAAAACCCAACGGAGGACUAUCUGGAGGGCAUGAUGAACGAGGCGCCCGGUCCGAUCAACUUCACCAUGUUCCUAACCCUGUUUGGCGAACGGCUGCAGGGUACCGAUCCAGAGGAGGUGAUCAAGAACGCAUUCGGUUGCUUCGACGAGGAAAACGCGGGCGUCAUGAAUGAAGACAGGCUACGUGAACUGCUGACGACAAUGGGCGAUCGGUUCACUGACGAGGAUGUGGAUGAAAUGUUUCGCGAGGCACCGAUCAAGAACGGACUGUUUGAUUACAUCGAGUUCACUCGCAUCCUGAAGCACGGUGCCAAGGAUAAAGACGAGCAGUGAGAAAUAAGCAAACAACAAUAUUUCAAUAACAAUAUAAUAUUAACUUUAAAACAAGAAAUUCUCGGGACGCAUUUACCUUGAAAUGAUCGUACUUUAAUGUACAUGCUGUAAACAAACGAUGUUUACACCGACCGCUGCUGUCACUGUCGAACAUUCCCCCUAGACAUUUAGUUAAUUUUUACAUGGCCGGUUUGGCCAUAAAAAAAUAUGUUUUUAUUAACUAAAACUUAAAACUAAGUCUUAACAGAUUGAAUGUCUAAUUGGAACUGUUCUGCUCGGCUGUCUAACUAGAACUACUUCAUCUGAAUACUCAACUGGAACUAUAUUGCCUUUUCUUUGUUUUGCGUGGAUGCCGGUUGAUCUUGGGAAUGGAUGUUUAUGUUGAAUGCGCGUUGUCAGCUCUCUUGGUGUCAACGCGAUUGUGCUCUUUGUUCGAUGUAACGCUGCACGGGAAUUUGUUUACGCUGCGGCGCAAUCUUUUUACGAAACGCGAUCUGUUUAUGAAGUGCGAUCAUGACUGUAGGAAUAUACGUUGCGCUAUGUUUUAUGCUGAGUAUGCAUUAUGCUGCCUUUGUGUUGAAUAUGUGUUGUGCUGACUGUUGUGCUAACUCCUCCCCUCUUAAUUACUUUGUCCUCAAAGUUUGUGCAUCGCGUGAAAACUCAAUGGUAUUUCUUUAUGCAGGUUUUUAUCCGUAUGAAUUCUUGUAUCUGGUAUUUGAACUUCUAUUUUUUGUUUACGACAUUUAAGAAACACGUACAAUAUGCCAAUGCCAGUUACAAUUACGAUCGUUGUUGUUCCUAUCGAUCCGAAUAAAUGCAAUUUGAAUUCCAGAGACUCAUUUUGUAAUUUAGCUGAAUAUACUUUCUCAUAUUGGCAUUCUGAAUUUUCUCCUUGUAUAAGUUGGUAUACACAUUGCGU